UCCUGUACAGGGUUGAUGUGGUGAAGUGGCACAAGUAUAAGACCGAGAGACGCGUGGGAACGUGGGAGGAAUGCCUGGUGAACGACCGACAGAGGUACCUCGGCGUGCGCGUCAAUUGAGUGAGGCGAAGACGAGGUUUGCGAAGAGAUGUUUGCCAUUGUUGCACAUGAUUUUCCUUCCGAUCGCACGUUUGUGAUGUUGGUGAAGCACCAAUUUGCAGUGCAAUUGCACUUGUGCAGUCCAGAAUGCACCACCAUAAUUUGCAGCGCCCAAAGCACCUCACAACCUCGACAUUACAGCGGCAGCAGUGGAUCCUCCCCUUCAACUCGCAUAUCAAACAUACCAACAGCCAACUGUCAAGUCGUGUCAACCCGUCAAUUCAGGAACAUCCUUGCGCCCACGCCGUUAACCCCCCUUCCACUGCUAGUCGCGAUAACUGCAAGGAUGUCAACGCACCUGUGGACCCUGCUCUCCAUCUUCACCGACUUCUUCCCACCGGUCCAUCUGCACGCUGCAGCGCGCACGCACUCUAAGUGGGCCACCAGCCUCACCGGUGGCCCACUCUGUCUGCUUCCGUGUGAACGACGUUAUGAAGGUGGAUCUCCGGGCGCGCCCGCAGCCACGCCCGCAUCCAACCCACUCACCAGAUCGCUGAAACGCGAUUAUCAUUGCGCGUACUGACAACUGUCGCUGCGCGUCCCAAUCUCUCAAUAAGUGCGCCGACGUGUGCUAUUGCGCUCUCAGCUGUAUCCC